AUGGCUCAAAGGUUCCUCUUACAGCUCUUGUCCGUCGUCUGGCUCCUCCGCAUUGCCGUCGCAAGCGCAUUGCCGCCGACCGUCUCUCCGCAACAUGUGUUCCAGGCGGCGCAGUCCAUCAGCAGCAAUCGCAAGACAGCGACUCUAGAGAUUUCACGCCGCGACUUCUGGGAAUGGCCUUUCCACUUCACCAGCAUCGCGCUCGGGACACCUCCCCAGGCGUUUUCGCUUGUUCUGGAUUUGGGACUCGGCUGCGUCGCCAUUCGAUCGGUUGGCUGUUCCAGCGACUGCGGGCGAAGGGUUCUCGCGUACAACCAGUCGGCCUCGUCCACCUGCUAUGACCUCGACGAGACAUUCGACCUCCCACUGCCUGGACAUUAUGGGCGGGGUCCAUUGCUCCAAGAUGAGAUGCACAUCGUAUCGCUUACGCUCCAGAAUGCCACGUUUGGUUCGAUGGUCAGAUUUCUCGGUCUAGAGCCUCCUAACGCUUCGUCCUACACGUAUGAUAGGGGCAGUAUUUACGAGCCAGUUCCACAGGCGAACUUCCUGUAUGAGUUGACGAGGAGUAGCUUGUUGGAGCAGAGGGUUAUGUUCCUAAGCCUCCCAGGCAGCCCUUAA